AUGGGUCCAUCCGGUCGGAAUCUCCGCCCUGACUGUGCUUCCUCCUCUUCCUCCGCCGCCACCAACUCACCUUUGCGACCAGCAUUCGAUGUUCUUGACGUUGAUUGUGAUGGAAAAAUAAGCUACGACGAUCUUCACUCGUUCUACAACAGGUUUUGCCACCAUGACGCCCAAAAACGCGACGUAAUAGGGUCGAUGAUCACGGUGGCGGACACCAACGGAGACGGGUUUGUGGAGUACGAAGAUUUCGAGCGCGUGUUGGAAAUGGGAGGCGGUGGAAAAGCCGCAUGGGAUGGUGGAUUGAUGAUGAAGGAAGUGUUCAGAGUGAUGGACAAGCACGACGGCGACGGCAAGCUUGGCCACAAAGAUCUGAAAAGUUUCAUGGAAUGGGCUGGGAUCGCCGUCACCGAUCAAGACAUCGACGAUAUGAUCGCACUUGGCGGCGGUAACCGAAACGACGGUGUGAGCUUGGAUGGUUUCAUUGGGAUACUAGGUGGCCUUGCAUCUUGAUGUCGUCGUCGUCGUCAACGAU